AUGGCACCUAAUCUGCCCACAAGGCAACUGGGAAAGGAUGGACCACAGGUGACGGCCUUGGGCUUCGGGUUGAUGGGCCUGUCAAUCUUUUACGGCAAAAAGUUACCAGACGAUCAAAGAUUGGCCUUUUUAGACCAUGUCUUUGCGUCCGGCGAGACGUUCUGGGAUUCUUCCGAUGUAUAUGGAGACAGCGAAGACUUGCUUGGACAGUGGUUCCAAAAGACCGGCAAUAGAAGCAAGAUCUUCCUGUGCACCAAAUUCGCCAACGUGCGGCAGCCGGACGGCAAAUCAAAGGUGAUCAACGACCCCGCUUACAUCCGCGAGGCAUGCGCCAAAUCUCACAAACGCCUGGGCCUAGCGCCUGGGGAUGCGAUUGACCUGUACUACUGUCAUCGUAUCGACCCAAAUCAGCCCAUCGAGAUUACCGUGCAGACAAUGGCCGAGCUCAAAAGGGAAGGCAAGAUCCGCUAUCUCGGCCUCAGCGAGUGCUCGGGCGAAACCCUGCGGCGGGCGUGCAAGGUGCACCACAUUGCCGCCGUACAGGUCGAGUACUCGCCGUUCUCCAUGGACAUUGAACACAACGGCCUGUUGAAGGCUUGUCAAGAACUGGGCGUCGCGGUCGUGGCAUAUUCGCCCUUCAGUCGUGGCUUCCUUACUGGAACCAUUAAAUCCCAUGAUGACUUCGAACCAGACGAUCGACGAAGAAUCAUGCCUCGGUAUUCCAAGGAGAACUUCUCCAAGAACAUCGAACUCGUGCACGCGAUAUCUGCGCUGGCUGAGAAGAAAGGUGCGACGCCCGGCCAGUUGACUCUGGCCUGGUUGAUGGCCCAAGGUGACAACAUCAUCCCCAUUCCGGGAACGACCAAGGUGAAGAAUUUCGAGGAGAACAUGGGCAGCCUGAAGAUCCGGUUGACCAAGGAAGAGGAACAGGAGAUCCGAGCAAAGGUCGAGGCCGCCGAGAUUACCGGUGACAGAUAUCCGGAUUACAUGUUGGGAAAUCUCUAUGUGGACACAGUUCCGCUGAAGGGUUGA